AUGCGGGGCCCGGGGUUGGGGCUGGGGCUGCUGCUGGGCGCAGCAUGGCUGGCGUGCGGGCAGAACGAGACGGAGCCCAUCGUGCUGGAGGGGAAGUGCCUCGUGGUGUGCGACUCCAACCCCACCUCCGACCCCACCGGCACGGCGCUCGGCAUCUCCGUGCGCUCCGGCAGCGCCAAGGUCGCCUUCUCCGCCAUCCGCAGUACCAACCACGAGCCCUCCGAGAUGAGCAACCGCACCAUGAUCAUCUACUUCGACCAGGUACUAGUGAAUAUCGGCAGCAACUUCGACUCGGAGCGGAGCACUUUUAUCGCGCCCAGGAAAGGGAUUUACAGUUUCAAUUUUCACGUGGUGAAAGUGUACAACAGGCAAACCAUCCAGGUGAGUUUGAUGCUAAAUGGGUGGCCAGUGAUUUCUGCCUUUGCAGGGGACCAAGAUGUGACCCGAGAAGCUGCUAGCAAUGGAGUCCUGAUUCAGAUGGAGAAAGGAGACAGAGCUUAUCUAAAACUGGAGAGAGGAAACUUGAUGGGAGGCUGGAAGUAUUCAACAUUCUCUGGAUUUCUGGUGUUCCCGCUUUAAAUCUCUUCUUAUCCAAGGGAGAGAUCUCUUACAAAUUCCCAAGUCGUAGCUGGGUUUAAAGAGUCAUGGACAGCAGACUUUUUACAUUCAAAUAUUAAAGAAGCUAAGUCCUGCUUAGGUUUGCGUACACUUGCUUUGAAGAAUUACUACU